GACUCGGAGUUGGUGUAACCAUAAAAGGCUGCGUGCGCUAGCUCAACAUAAUUCCCUUCUUAUAAGGUGGCCUUUAGUCUUUUUCACUGACGAUGCCCACUCUUCUCGUCACAUCUGGCUUCACCAUCGUGGCCGUGUUUGCCUCACUCGCAUUCAUGGCUUCCAAAUGGCGAAAGGCGGAGACGCCUAGCUCCAACAACACAAAGUUCUUUGGCUCUCAGAUCGGAGAGCAGUCGGUCAUCAACUACAGCUACACGGAUCGACCGUUGAAGUUGAUGGCCUUUGAUAUCUACUAUUUCUUCAAGUUCAUCUGGGCUCUUCCCUACGUCUUGAUCCCCCUGUCACCAUCGGAUUCUGGAGACUUGGACGAGCUAUCUAUCACGCGGGGAAACCUAUUCUGUGUUGGUCUCCACGCAGUACUCGUUGUGUUGCAGCUUGGGUUUAUAGCGACCCUCCCAACACUUGUUUUGUUCCCCGUCUGGACCGCUGCCUUGGCUAUCGGGUUGUUUAUGCUCGUCAAUUAUGGGCUUUGCACUCUGCUCAAUGGGAAGGAGGUCGAAUACCAUUCCGACCCAAAAUACGCACCGGCGCUUCCUGAGCAUGCCCAUGAACAGUGGAUCUUCAUCAACGGUGUGGCAGUAGGAGAGCACUGGAUGCAGAGUAACCUUAACCGACUAGCCAUCACGUUCAAGCGCCCCAUCCUCGGGAUACACAACAAAACUGCCGGUAUCCUAUUCGAUGUCAUCGAAUGUCUUGUCCAACGCAACCUUGGCUACGCCACAGCAGACGUGCGAAUCUGCUACCGGAUCAUCAAGGAGAAGCUCUACAACCCGCAGUACUCCAAGGUCAUCUUCAUCCUGCAUUCCCAAGGUGCCAUCGAGGGAGGCAUGAUCAUUGAUUGGCUUCUCCAAGAACUUCCCCAAAACCUGCUGGCAAAGCUCGAAGUCUACACGUUUGGAAACGCCGCCAACCACUUCAACAACCCGCAUCGAAACAUUCAGUCCCAACACAACGCCAUCAGCAACCCUCUGGCGGCAUCCACCGACUCCACCAACACGACAGCGGGAAGUGGGAACACCGAGCAAGCCCAGGCAACCCUGUCCGACAACCAACCUCUGACCGAAACAUCCCCACAGCAGCGGAGGACCACAACCACGGGUACCACUCCCGCGGCUACUGCAACCACGGCCGCAACAGACACUCGCACAACCGAGGGCGAACAGGUAGAACCCAGCAUCCCCUCCCUCACCUCCGAAACCAGCGCCAUCACCCCCUCAGCCGUCUCCGGCCGCGCCAUCGGCCACAUCGAGCACUACGCGCACACGACCGACUUCGUCGCUCUCUGGGGGAUCCUGCACUUCGCCACCUCCAUCCCGGGGCAACGCACCAUGCCGCGCUUCAUCGGCCGCGUCUUCGCCCGCACCACCGUCCGCGGCGGCCACCAGCUGUGCCAGCAUUACCUGGAUGGCAUGUUCCCUCUCGAAAAAGACGCGAAGACGGGCGCCUUUUUGGGAUGCGCGGAGACGGGGAACGAGUUCAUGGAGAGCGAGAUCACGGUUGGCGAGGCGGGGAGCGAGAUGACGGCUGCUAAGGAGGCGAUGGAGAUUAGUUGGCUUGCUAAUGGGAUUGCGAACGGCAUCGUUAGCGGCGGCGGUGAGGGGAAUGGUGAUGAGGCCGCCGUGGGAGGGAUUGCGGUCUACGGUGGUCAUAGUCCGGUGGAACGAAGAGGGCGGGUGAGGACGAGGCGCGAGAGCAUGCCGGCUAAGGUGAAGGUGAAGGAUCUGAGUAGGUUGUGGCAGUAUCGGAAUGGGAGGAGCCCGAAUGAUAAGCCGCCGAUGAGGACUGCGACGGUUUAGGUCGCUGUGGUGAAAGCAUCUUGGGCCGUGCCCCAGCAGUGGUUGUCAAGUGGAAGACCGUGCUGGGUGGCAGGGGCAGUAGAGGGAAG